GGGGCAGGUGGAGGCAUGAAGUCAAGGAAGAUAAUUAAUCAGAAUACUUACCAAAAUUUGCUCCUGUUCACGCUCGCCUUCUCUGGAAGAUUCGGAACACACUCUCUGAGAUACUUCUUUUCUGCUGUGUCUGGAAUCAGUGACUUCCCAGAGUUCACUAUUGUUGGUCAGGUAGAUGAUCAACAGUUUAUGUAUUUUGACAGUAAGAUAAUGAAAGUUGUGCCGAAGACAGAGUGGAUGAGACAGAGUGAAGGAGCAGAUUAUUGGGACAGAGAGACUCAGACUAGUAUUGGUGCACAUCAGGUCUACAAAGUCAACAUCCAGACUCUAAAGGCCCGCUUCAACCAGACGACAGGUGUGCACACAGUCCAGGUGAUGUACGGCUGUGAGUUUGAUGAUCAGACUGGAGAAACAAAUGGGUUUCGUCAAGAUGGUUAUGAUGGAGAGGACUUUCUGUUUCUGGAUCUGAAGGAGAUGAGAUGGAUUACUCCAGUGAUGCAAGGAAUCCCCACCAUACAGAAGUGGAACAAUUACGGAUAUGAGAUUGAGGCUAAAAAACAUUACUUCAGCACUGUGUGCAUUGAGUGGUUGAAGAAGUAUCUGGAGUAUGGAAAGAGCAGCCUGAAGAAAACAGUUUCUCCUCAGGUGUCUGUGCUGAAGAAGUCUUCCUCGUCUCCAGUCAAGUGUCAUGCUACAGGAUUUUACCCCAAAGAUGUAACAAUCUCCUGGAUGAAGAAUGACCAGGAGCAUCAUGAGGAUGUGGAGGUUGGACAACCUCUUCCUAAUGAGGACGGGACCUUUCAGAAGACCAGCACCCUCACAGUUACACCUGAAGAGCUGAAGAAGAAUGAGUUCAUCUGUGUGGUGGAGCAUCAGGGAAAAACCUUCAGAGAGAUCCUGAAAGAUGAUUCUCCUCUCAUCGCCAUCAUCGUUGGUGUUGUUCUGGCUCUGAUUCUGUUGGCUGUCAUCGGUGUUGUUGUGUUUAAAGUGUAUCAGAAAAAGAAAGGCUUCAAACCUGUCAAUGCCUCUGAUGAUGGUUCAAACAGCUCGGCUCGUACAGAUCCACAAGCAUAAAGAUGGGACUAGAAGUGUUGGAGAGAUGAAGUCGAAAAAAAGAAGCUUAUCCUGCUGUCCAUCUUGCUUUCAGCACUGAACACAAACACUCAUAUCCAGGGGCGUAGAUUACGCGGGGGACACGGGGGACAUGUCCCCCCCCCCCCACUUUUAAUAUCAUGGAAAUUCGUCUCCCUGCACUUUUUCAGCCAAAUGUGUUCGCAUAAAUGUUUUCAAGAGCUGGUGUGAAUAAAUAUAGAUUUAAACUCAAAGAGACAGGAUAGUCUGCUCAUGACCUGAUAUUUUAUUCGGACCCAGAAUCGCUAAACUCUCAUGAAGUGUGUGUUUCAUUCAUCCUCGAAGCCGGAGCGCGCUCUCGCGCAGAAAGUCUCAGGAAACUCCUAAUAUGGGCAACAGCGUCCAGCUAUCACUGUAUGAAAACAGUUGUUUUGACAGAAGAACAGAAACUUUUGGAAACAUGAAGACGAUUAUACGAUUGCGACAAUAUAUGGUUUUUCAAGUCAUCUCCAGCAGGUGAUAAAUACAGUGUAUCAACAAAACAGUGCUAAUUGACAGAUUUAUUACGGUAUAGAAACUAUUUUGCCUUAUUAUGUGAUAAAUAAGUGUUUGUAGUAUAUAACAAAAAUCAUUAUUAUUUGUUAUUGUCAAGCAGUUAUAGAUUUCUAAGCUAAUUAAAAGCUAGAAAUUAGAGAAUAAUUAAAGUUCCCUAUAGUAUCCACUACCAGUCAAGUCUCUUCUGUUCACCAAGCCUGCAUUUAUUUGAUCCAAAGUACAGCAAAACAGUAAACAGAAAUAUUUUACUAGACUUUUUAAAAUAACUGUUUUCUAUUUGAAUAUAUUUCAAAAUGUUAUUUAUUGAGAUUUUAAAGCUUGCUAAAUAAAAGUAUUCAUUUCUAUAAUUUAUUUUCCAAAAAAAGAUAUAUUUUUGAAUGAUAUACUGUAUAAUGUUGCAAAGGCUUUUUAUUUCACAUAAAUGCUGAUCUUUGGAUCCUUCUAUUCACCAAUGAAUGCUUUAAAAAAAUGUACUCAUAUUUUUAAAUAUGAUAAUCAGCAAAUCAGCCUAUUAGAAUGAUUUGAUUUCUUAAGGAUGUGACACUGGAGUAAUGAUGCUGAACAUUCACCUUUGAUCACAGGAAUAAAUUACAUUUUAAAAUACAUUCAAAUAGAAAAUAGUUAUUUUAAAUUGUAAAAACUUUUGCUGUACUUUGGAUCAAAUAAAUGCAGGCUUGGUGAGCAGAAGAUACUUCUUUAAAAACAUUAAAAAUCUUACUGUUCAAAACCUGUUGACUGGUAGGCUAGAUUACAGAAAUGUUAUAUUGUAAUGUUUUCUAUUAUAUUGUAAUGUGUGUGUGUGUGUGUGUGUGUGUGUGUGUGUGUGUGUGUAUAUAUAUAUAUAUAUAUAUAUAUAAUUUCUGUUCCCCUCACUUCUGAAAAUAUGGCUACGCCCCUGACUCAUACACACACAGGAUCAUUCUGAAAUAAGAUCCAUCUGCAUGUCUUAUUAAUUGGCAAUAAUUGAAAUAUGAAAAUGUUUUGCUUCUUUACACUGUUCAACUUUUGUUAUAUAUUAAUGUUAUGAGCUUGUUAAUUUAAGCUGAAAUCUAAAUGGAAAAUGUAUGAAUUUCUCUUCAGUGACAAAAAAAAGAAUACAAAUGAUUGAUUUGCAAGAUUGAUCUGUAGGUUUGUGAUAUCAGUACUAACCCUGAAAAGGGUUAAAUGUGGUGUACCUGGGUGCAACAGCCUUUUCCAGCUAAAGAAGAUUCAUCUCUUCAAUUCUCUAAAGAGGAUGUCUGUGAUCAAAUAGUUUAUUAUACUUUUAAUUGCUUUAAAUAGACUUUAAAAUGGUCUAGAUUGUAUGAAUUGUGCAAUUGGGCUAUUUCAUCAAUUAAAUCAAACAACCAAUAUGUAGGCUUCAUAUUUUAUUCCUUGUUUGGGAUUUUGGGGCUUUUUUUCUGUUUAUGUCCUUAUUUUUGUUUUAAAUAAUUUAGAUAAGAAGUUGAACUAUACAGUGAUAACUGAUUCUUGUUAAACAAUUGUCAAUGAAUCUGAACAGUACAGUAAAAUACAGACAAUUUUCUUUGAGGUUUCCGUGCUGAAGUAAGGCACAUAUGUUUAUUUGUAUAUUGGUUACCUUCCAAAAGUUGUAAUGUUGUUUUGAUUCCUUAAAAAUAAAUAAACCUCAUUAAAAAAGA